GAGGGGAGGGAGGGAGAGAGGGAGGGAGAGAGACAGGGUGAGGGAGAGACAGCGAGAGCGAGAGAGCGAGAAGGGUGGCAGAGGAGGCGCGGAGCGGGCGGCGGCGGCGGCGGCCCGAGGAAGAGGAGGAGGAAGAGCAGGCGGAGACGCGGCGCCCGGAGCCGGCCGGACCGAGCCGGGGGCGGGCGAGGAGGGGCGCGGCGGCCGCGGCGGAAGGGGGGGCGCUCUGCGGAUGGCCAGGCCCGGCCCGCGGGGGGGGUGAGGUCCUCGGCCCUCCCGCCCUCCCCCCCGGUCCCCGCCCGCCCCCUCCCCGGGCCCGCUCGCCCUCCGGGGCGGUGGGGCAUGGCCUGAGGGUCCCCCGUCUCCGGGGGGGUGGGGGGUGGGGGGAGGGGGGAGGGGCCGCGGGCGCCGCCGACCGGGACUCAGCAGCCCCGCCAGGCAGCCGCCUGUGAUGCUGCCGUCCCCCGUCGCCCCGUGGCCCCACGAUGACCCACAGCCCCGCGACAAGCGAGGACGAGGAACGCCACAGUGCCAGCGAGUGUCCCGAGGGGGGCUCAGAGUCCGACAGCUCCCCAGACGGGCCAGGUCGAGGCCCCCGGGGGACCCGGGGUCAGGGCAGUGGGGCACCUGGUAGCCUGGCCUCUGUUAGAGGCCUCCAGGGCCGCUCAAUGUCCGUCCCAGACGACGCCCACUUCAGCAUGAUGGUCUUCAGGAUUGGCAUCCCGGACCUGCACCAGACAAAAUGCCUGCGCUUCAACCCCGAUGCCACCAUCUGGACGGCCAAGCAGCAGGUGCUCUGUGCCCUGAGCGAGAGCCUGCAGGAUGUGCUCAACUAUGGCCUGUUCCAACCGGCCACCUCAGGCCGUGAUGCCAACUUCCUGGAGGAGGAGAGGCUGCUGCGGGAGUACCCCCAGUCCUUUGAGAAGGGGGUCCCCUACCUGGAGUUCCGAUACAAGACCCGAGUUUACAAACAGACCAACCUGGAUGAGAAGCAGCUGGCCAAGUUGCACACGAAGACGGGGUUGAAGAAGUUCCUGGAGUAUGUGCAGCUCGGGACAUCUGACAAGGUGGCGCGGCUGCUGGACAAGGGGCUGGACCCCAAUUACCAUGACUCGGAUUCGGGAGAGACCCCCUUGACACUGGCGGCCCAGACCGAAGGCUCUGUAGAGGUGAUUCGAACCCUGUGCCUGGGCGGGGCCCACAUUGACUUCCGGGCCCGGGAUGGCAUGACCGCACUGCAUAAGGCCGCAUGCGCCCGACACUGCCUGGCACUCACGGCGCUCCUGGACCUUGGGGGUUCCCCCAACUACAAGGACCGUCGGGGGCUGACCCCUCUGUUCCACACGGCCAUGGUGGGUGGUGACCCCCGAUGCUGCGAGCUGCUCCUGUUCAACAGGGCCCAGCUGGGCAUAGCUGAUGAGAACGGCUGGCAGGAAAUCCACCAGGCCUGCCAGCGGGGUCACUCUCAGCACCUGGAGCAUCUGCUUUUCUACGGGGCUGAGCCUGGAGCCCAGAACGCCUCGGGGAACACGGCUCUGCACAUCUGCGCCCUCUACAACAAGGAGACCUGUGCCAGGAUCCUCCUGUAUCGAGGUGCCGACAAGGAUGUGAAGAAUAACAACGGACAGACCCCCUUCCAGGUGGCAGUGAUUGCUGGGAAUUUUGAGCUGGGGGAGCUGAUCCGAAACCACCGAGAACAGGAUGUGGUGCCCUUCCAGGAGUCCCCCAAGUAUGCGGCCCGGCGACGGGGGCCCCCAGGCACAGGGCUGACGGUGCCCCCGGCGCUGCUGCGGGCCAACAGUGACACCAGCAUGGCGCUGCCCGACUGGAUGGUGUUCUCCGCCCCGGGGGCCGCGUCCUCUGGGGCCCCUGGCCCUACCUCAGGGUCCCAGGGCCAGUCGCAGCCCUCGGCCCCCACCACCAAGCUCAGCAGCGGGACCCUCCGAAGUGCCAGCAGCCCCCGGGGUGCCAGGGCCCGCUCUCCAUCCCGAGGGAGGCACCCUGAGGACGCCAAGAGGCAGCCCCGCGGCCGGCCCAGCUCCAGCGGGACACCCCGGGAAGGGCCAGCCGGGGGCACGGGGGGCUCAGGGGGCCCCGGGGGCUCCCUGGGCAGCCGCGGGAGGCGGAGGAAGCUCUACUCAGCGGUACCCGGACGCUCCUUCAUGGCUGUGAAGUCCUACCAGGCCCAAGCCGAGGGGGAGAUCUCCCUGAGCAAGGGCGAGAAGAUCAAAGUACUUAGCAUCGGGGAAGGAGGCUUCUGGGAAGGCCAGGUCAAAGGUCGUGUUGGCUGGUUCCCCUCUGACUGCCUGGAAGAAGUGGCGAAUCGCUCUCAGGAGAGCAAGCAAGAAAGCCGCAGUGACAAGGCAAAGAGACUCUUCCGGCAUUAUACCGUGGGCUCCUACGACAGCUUUGAUGCCCCAAGCUUAAUGGAUGGGAUUGGCCCAGGGAGCGAUUACAUCAUUAAGGAGAAGACAGUCUUGCUGCAGAAGAAGGACAGUGAGGGGUUUGGGUUCGUGCUCCGGGGGGCCAAGGCGCAGACCCCCAUCGAGGAGUUCACCCCCACCCCGGCCUUCCCGGCGCUGCAGUACCUGGAGUCGGUGGACGAGGGUGGCGUGGCAUGGCGAGCUGGACUGCGAAUGGGAGACUUCCUCAUCGAGGUGAACGGGCAGAAUGUGGUGAAGGUCGGCCACCGACAGGUGGUGAACAUGAUCCGCCAAGGGGGCAACACGCUCAUGGUGAAGGUGGUGAUGGUCACCAGGCACCCGGACAUGGAUGAGGCAGUGCACAAGAAAGCACCCCAGCAGGCCAAGCGGCUGCCACCCCCAACCAUCUCCCUGCGUUCCAAAUCUAUGACCUCAGAGCUGGAGGAGAUGGUCUCCCCCUGGAAGAAGAAGAGUGAGUACGAGCAGCAGCCGGCGCCGGUGCCCAGCAUGGAGAAAAAGCGGACCGUGUAUCAGAUGGCUCUCAACAAACUGGACGAAAUCCUGGCCGCAGCUCAACAGACCAUCAGUGCAAGCGAGAGCCCUGGUCCCGGUGGCCUCGCGUCCCUGGGCAAACACCGACCCAAAGGUUUCUUUGCCACUGAGUCGAGCUUCGAUCCCCACCACCGUGCCCAGCCAAGUUACGAGCGUCCUUCUUUCCUGCCUCCAGGACCUGGGUUGAUGCUCCGGCAAAAAUCUAUCGGUGCGGCAGAAGAUGACAGACCUUACCUAGCACCCCCAGCCAUGAAAUUCAGCCGCAGCCUGUCUGUGCCUGGUUCGGAGGACAUUCCCCCGCCACCCACCACGUCCCCACCGGAGCCUCCCUACAGCACACCUCCAGUCCCCUCCUCCUCAGGGCGCCUCACCCCCUCCCCUCGGGGAGGGCCCUUCAACCCUGGCUCUGGUGGCCCCCUCCCCGCCUCCUCCCCUGCAUCCUUUGACGGGCCCUCCCCUCCCGACACUCGCGUGGGGAGCCGCGAGAAGAGCCUGUACCACAGUGGGCCCCUGCCCCCGGCCCACCACCACCCGCCCCACCACCACCACCACCACGCCCCGCCCCCUCAGCCCCACCACCACCACGCCCACCCCCCUCAUCCUCCUGAGAUGGAGACAGGCGGCUCUCCCGACGACCCUCCACCCCGCCUGGCUCUGGGGCCCCAGCCCAGCCUGCGAGGCUGGAGGGGCGGCGGGCCCAGCCCGACCCCGGGGGCCCCGUCCCCAUCGCACCACGGCAGCGCGGGCGGGGGCGGCGGCUCCUCCCAGGGCCCGGCUCUACGCUAUUUCCAGCUGCCCCCGCGGGCGGCCAGCGCAGCCAUGUACGUGCCCGCCCGCUCGGGCCGCGGCCGCAAGGGCCCGCUGGUCAAGCAGACCAAGGUGGAAGGCGAGCCCCAGAAGGGCGGCGGCCUCCCGCCCGCGCCGUCGCCCACGUCCCCGGCCUCCCCGCAGCCGCCGCCCGCCGUGGCCGCGCCCUCGGAGAAGAACUCCAUCCCCAUCCCCACCAUCAUCAUCAAGGCCCCGUCCACCAGUAGCAGCGGCCGCAGCAGCCAGGGCAGCAGCACCGAGGCGGAGCCCCCCACCCAGCCCGAGCCCGCGGGAGGCGGCAGCGGCGGCGGCUCCUCGCCCAGCCCUGCCCCGGCCAUGUCACCCGUGCCCCCGUCCCCCUCGCCCGUGCCCACCCCCGCCUCGCCCAGCGGCCCGGCCACGCUGGACUUCACGAGCCAGUUCGGGGCCGCCCUGGUGGGGGCGGCCCGGAGGGAGGGGGGCUGGCAGAAUGAGGCGCGCCGGCGCUCCACGCUGUUCCUGUCCACCGACGCGGGGGACGAGGACGGCGGGGACGGCGGGCUGGGCACAGGGGCGGCCCCGGGCCCGCGGCUGCGCCACUCCAAAUCCAUCGACGAGGGCAUGUUCUCCGCCGAGCCCUACCUCCGACUGGAGUCUGGGGGCAGCGGCGCGGGCUACGGCGGCUACGGGGCCGGUAGCCGAGCCUACGGGGGUGGCGGGGGCAGCAGCGCCUUCACCAGCUUCCUGCCCCCGCGACCCCUGGUGCACCCGCUGACCGGCAAGGCCCUGGAUCCCGCCUCCCCGCUGGGGCUGGCCCUGGCCGCCCGCGAGCGAGCGCUGAAGGAGUCCUCGGAGGGCGGCGGGGCCCCCCAGCCCCCUCCCAGGCCCCCAUCGCCCCGCUACGAGGCCCCGCCGCCCACCCCGCACCACCACUCGCCCCACGCCCACCACGAGCCAGUGCUGCGUCUCUGGGGGGCCUCCCCGCCGGACCCUACGCGCCGGGAGCUGGGGUACAGGGCCGGGCUGGGCAGCCAGGAGAAGUCCCUUCCCGCCAGCCCGCCCGCCGCCCGGCGUUCCCUGCUACACCGCCUGCCGCCCACCGCUCCCGGGGUGGGGCCCCUCCUGCUGCAGCUGGGGACGGAGCCCCCGGCCCCGCACCCCGGAGUGAGCAAGCCCUGGAGGUCCGCAGCCCCCGAAGAACCCGAGCGGCUGCCGCUGCACGUGCGGUUCCUUGAAAACUGCCAGCCCCGGGCCCCUGCGACGAGCGGAAGGGGUCCCCCCUCGGAGGACGGGCCGGGGGUCCCGCCGCCCAGCCCACGCCGGUCCGUGCCCCCCUCCCCGACCUCCCCGAGGGCCAGCGAAGAGAACGGGCUGCCCCUGCUGGUCCUGCCGCCUCCCGCCCCCUCGGUGGAUGUGGAAGAUGGCGAAUUCCUUUUCGUGGAACCGCUGCCUCCGCCUCUGGAAUUCUCCAACAGCUUCGAAAAGCCAGAGUCGCCCCUGACGCCUGGGCCUCCCCACCCGCUGCCCGACACACCUGCCCCGGCCACCCCGUUACCCCCUGUGCCACCCCCGGCUGUGGCCGCAGCCCCUCCCACCCUGGACUCCACCGCAUCCAGCCUGACAUCCUAUGACAGCGAGGUGGCCACCCUGACCCAGGGGGCCUCCGCCGCUCCUGGGGACCCCCCUCCACCAGGCCCGCCUGCCCCAGCAGCACCGGCUCCCGCUGCCCCACAGCCUGGCCCGGACCCUCCGCCUGGCACGGAUUCUGGCAUCGAGGAGGUGGACAGUCGGAGCAGCAGUGACCACCCACUGGAGACCAUCAGCAGCGCCUCCACGCUGAGCAGCCUAUCUGCCGAAGGUGGUGGCAGCGCAGGGGGUGGGGGCGGGGCUGGGGCCGGUGUGGCCAGUGGGCCGGAGCUUCUGGACACCUAUGUGGCCUACCUGGACGGCCAGGCCUUUGGGGGCAGCGGUACUCCCGGCCCGCCAUACCCUCCUCAGCUCAUGACUCCCUCUAAGCUCCGGGGCCGGGCGCUAGGAGCCAGCGGAGGCCUGCGGCCUGGCCCCAGCGGGGGACUCCGAGACCCUGUUACCCCCACCAGCCCCACCGUCUCGGUGACAGGGGCUGGAACCGAUGGGCUGCUGGCCCUGCGUGCUUGUUCAGGACCCCCCACGGCAGGCGUGGCUGGGGGUCCGGUGGCUGUAGAGCCAGAAGUCCCACCGGUGCCCUUGCCGACGGCCUCCUCUCUGCCUCGGAAGCUGCUGCCCUGGGAGGAGGGCCCGGGCCCACCGCCACCACCUCUGCCCGGGCCCUUGGCCCAGCCUCAGGCCUCAGCCUUGGCCACAGUAAAAGCCAGCAUCAUCAGUGAACUCAGCUCCAAGCUUCAGCAGUUUGGGGGCUCCUCGGCAGCUGGCGGCGCUCUGCCUUGGGCCCGAGGAGGCAGUGGGGGAAGCGGAGACAGCCACCACGGGGGAGCCAGCUAUGUCCCCGAGAGGACCUCCUCCCUGCAGCGGCAGAGACUCUCUGACGACUCCCAGUCCUCACUCCUCUCCAAGCCUGUCAGCAGCCUGUUUCAGAACUGGCCCAAACCACCUCUGCCACCGCUCCCCACUGGAACAGGGGUCUCCCCUACAGCCGCUGUGGCCCCAGGGGCCACCUCACCCUCAGCCUCCUCCUCCUCCACGUCCACCCGCCACCUCCAGGGUGUGGAGUUCGAGAUGCGGCCCCCUCUGCUCCGCCGGGCCCCCAGCCCCUCGCUGCUGCCUGCCUCGGAGCACAAGGUCAGCCCUGCGCCCAGGCCCUCGUCCCUGCCCAUCCUGCCUUCCGGACCCCUCUAUCCAGGCCUCUUUGACAUCCGUGGCUCCCCAACUGGAGGGGCAGGAGGCUCGGCUGACCCCUUCGCCCCAGUCUUUGUGCCGCCACACCCGGGGAUAUCCGGGGGGCUCGGGGGAGCCUUGUCAGGGGCCUCACGCUCCCUCUCACCGACCCGCCUGCUCUCGCUGCCCCCGGACAAGCCGUUUGGCGCUAAACCUCUGGGGUUCUGGACCAAGUUCGACGUGGCUGAUUGGCUGGAGUGGCUGGGUUUGGCGGAGCACCGAGCCCAGUUCCUGGACCACGAGAUCGAUGGCUCCCACCUGCCCGCCUUGACCAAGGAGGACUACGUCGAUCUAGGUGUGACCAGGGUGGGCCACCGCAUGAACAUCGACCGGGCUCUCAAAUUCUUCCUGGAGAGGUGAUGGCUGGCCUGGACGGACCAGCCCCGUCCACAGAACUCUUGAGCCUGCUGGCCUCUUGACCUCUGACCCCUGACUGUCAUUCUCUCCCCGGGCCAGGGACUCUGUUCAAACUGCGCCCUGCCCUCGUCUCCCAAGGCCAGAGGUCACCAGGUGGCCCAAUCCAGGCCGGACAUUUGCACCUCACUGAAGGGGGGCAGCUGACACAAGAGUGUGUGUGUGUGAAGUGGGGAGCGGAGGGGGCAUAGGAGAAAUUACAGAGGGGAAUUGAGAAGGAGGGAAGGGCCUAUUCUGGGGGGAGGGGAUAGACAGAGCCAUAGAGGGUCAGCCCUGAGCCCGAUUGGAUGGGGACUGUCCCCCAGGCCGCAGGGGAAGGGGGUGCCCUCGGAUUCCACCACCUGCCACCCCUCUAACAACCCUUCCCACUCUCUCCAGGCCCCUCAGCUCUUCCCCCUUCCCCUCUCCCCAGCACACACAGCUGCCCCCCUCAGCCUCUUGCACGCUCCGUUGCACGCCUGCUCACCUCUCUCCCCUCCCGUCCCCGGGCUGCAAUUUUGCACAAAUUUGCCCUCUCGCUGUCUUGCACAUUCUGCCUUUGCUUCUGGCUGGCGAGGCCUGCUCAAAUACACUCUGCUCUCCUCGCACACGCUGCAUUUCCUUUCUCACGCUCCAUGCCUCCUUCUCUGCUUCUUGCUGCUUACACACUUUUCCCCUACCAGGGCCCUCCUUUACACACUCCAUUUCACAUCUCCUCCUCCCCGCUCGCUCUGGACCCUUGUUGCAGACACACUUGGGACACAUUUUCCCUCCCCCUCACAGACUCCAUGCACAUCAUUCAUUCUCUGGAGUGCCCUGCUCUUUGCUCAGCCCUUGCACACUUGCUAUCUUAUGCACCCCUCCUGACACACUCUUACCUCCAUUUUCUUACGUUGAAGCACUUUCCCUUCUUAUUCUUAAAAACCCCAGAUUCUUCCACUCCCCAACUCUCCUCUCUCACCAUGACACUCCUAGCCCCCCCCCCACCUUCCCUCUUGCCCCUUUUGCACCGUCACUUUUGGUCACACCUUUUGCACACUUGCCUCCCAGAAACUGUUUCUCUCACAAAUGCUCAUUCUCUUCUUCUUUGCCAGGCUCCCACUCCCUUGCCCCUUUCUGUUUGAAAUCUUUGCCCUUCUGCAUUUUUGAUUCUUUUGUGAACCCUCUUGCACACUUGCUUUUGCACACGCGCCACCCCCCCAGCAUUUUCAGUGCUCUCCGGAAGCCUUGUUUCUCCCCUUUAAUAAUGUUCUUGCACACCAUGACAUGGCUGCACACCGCAUCUUGUCUUUUCUACCUGGAUGAGAGCUCUACCACUUCUUUCCUUUUGCACACUCAUCUCAUUCCAUGCACUCUUGGGCUGUAACUGUCAUUUCUUUUCCUGACACGCUUAUUUUUUAUUCCUGUUGACAAGCAGCUCUUGCGGCCAUUCUCAUUCGGAUUCUCUUACCUCCUUAAGCUCUUUCUCUUCCUGGUGAGAGAAGACCCUAUGCACACUGGCUUCCUGCUCACCAUGCUUCCACACUCGAGCCUCUCCCUGCCUCCAGCCCUCACCCUUCCUCACAUCCUCCCUCUUCUGUCUUUCCUGGGCCAUCUGUCCAUCCCUUUUGCACGAAGAUUGCCCUCUCCUAACCUGUCCACUCCAAGAAGCUCCCUCUCCCUCCAGCAUGGCUGUUCCUUCCCGCACGCUUCCUCUCUCCGCUUAUUCCCGGGGCUUGGGAAUGUUAAGCCACCCCUUCCCCUGGAAAGCCCCCUCUCCUGCUGUGGGUAAAGGGGGGAGGGCGUUGCCCUCAGUUCCCCCCCCAUGUUCAGCUGCCAAAGAAGGGAGCUCCCCCUCCUUCCCCAAGCCCAUUUCCCCUCUGCUGCCCCCUACCCCCGAGACGGGGGGGCGCUCCGUCCAUGAGGGGAGGGGGCUGCAAGCCCCCUCCCCUCACCAUGUCAGGGAUCUGCGGGGAACCUCGUGGGAGGGUCGUGGGAGGGGGGAGGGGUGGUGAGGAGAGGGGCAGAGGCCGCGCUGGACCCCUACCCGCCCCCUCCCCCUUGUCGGAUGCCCCCAGUCCGCAGGGGGCCUGCGCGGCACCCGUCUAUCAAGGGCUUGUUCAUUCUGGAUGGGUGCCGCGGGGUUGGGGAGGGUGUAGGGGGUGGGGGGAGGAGGAGAGGUCGGGGUGGGGAGUGGGGAGGGACCGAAUGCUGGGACAGCGCGGGGUGGAGAGGAGAGAAAAAGCAAAAAGAGGAACAAUAACAAAAGAAGAAAAUAUAAAAAACAGAAAAAAAAAAACACAAAACCCCUAGAACACACAAAAAAAUCCAGAAAAAAAAUCUGAAAUAAAAGCCCGAGAAUUGUCUUCCAAGGGGGGUGGGAGGGGAAGAGGAGGGGGGCGGAUGAGGACGUCUGAUUCUCGCUGAGACAGGGCUCGGCACGCGUUGAAAGCCCCGGUGCCCAGGUCUUCCCUUUCGCGGGCCUCAGUUCAUCCCUCAAGGGAUUGGGACCCAGGCGUCCACGUACAGGGACUGGAGGAAGAUUAGGGACGCGGGAUUAUAACAUGGGGGUUCAUUCCUACCCCCCAUCACCUCCCUUCCCCUGACUCCCCACCAAGAUUUUGCAGAGAGAAAUGGCUUUUGUACCAGGUCAUUCUUUAUAAUUAAACUCACAGUAUCCACCCCCUC